GUUAAUAAGAAACCCUGAUUAUAUCGAGUUGUGUGAGAUCUGCACAAACAAACCCAUCCCCCACAAACCCACCACAACCCCCGAGCCCCCCAACCCUCUCCUCUCUCAGCGAGAAAACACACGAGAAAGUGCGAGAAAAAAAAAUCCCAGCAGCCAAACACAUCCCUGCGGCUCUCUAUCUCUUUGUGUUUUAUCUAUCUGAGCUGUUGGUUUUUGAAGAGGAGGAGGAAGAAGAAGAAAGAAGAUUUGGAGAUGCGGAUCAGGAAGAACGCCAAGGUCUCGCCUCUCCUGUUCUCGUCGCACGCUCCAGCUGCGGAGGACCUCCAGGCACACGUGUGCCAGUUAAAUCAAUCCCCAUGGGAUGUUAUUUCCUUUGGUCCAGACUCGAACCAGUUGGAAGAGAGCUUCUAUGUAAAUAACAAUGGGAGCUUCGGUGAUUCUCUCGGAGCUGCUGAAAGCGUUGCGUCGAUGAUGGAUAUCGGCAAAGAGAAAGCCGUGCGGAUGGAACAAGAGCCCGUCGCUGAUGACAAAAAGGGUUCGAAUUCGAAAGAGUUAUUGGACGACGAUAACGAAGAGGAAGGGAGGAGAUCAAGCUACGCGUGUUGCCAGAAGAACGAUGGAAAGGGCUGGCAUUGCAAGAAGAGAGCCAAACUCGGCCAGUCUUUCUGCAACCAUCACUUAUCCCUGCUUAGGUCUAACCAUAAUACCAACAUUGCUUCCAACAAUAAGGGCCCCCGAGAAGCAGCGAACAAGGUGCUAUCAGCUGGAGCCCGCCGCUCCCGGGCCAAGGCGAAGAGGGGAUCCUCCUCAAACCCUUACGAAUUCUAUUACUAUUCUGGGUUUGGCCCGCUGUGGGGGCGAAAGAGGGGCGGGGAUAAGGAGAAGGAAGAGCCCAAGAUUGAUGAAGAUAGAGUCACUACUACUACUUCAACUACUCCUCCUACUCAAUCUUCGUCUUCUCAAAUUGAUGAGAAGAAAUUCGAAUAUGUGGAUGACGACGACGACGACGAGGAUGACUUUGAUGAUGAUGUUCGAAGCGGGGAGAGCGGGCGGAAGCGGAUGAGAAAGCCGGUGAAGGCGAGAUCUCUGAAGUCCCUUAUGUGAGUGAGAGUGGAAGAAAUUUGUGAUUAUAGGGGUGGGGGGGGAGGGGGACGGGGACGGGGGUGUUUAGGGUUCACAGAAAUUAGAGGUAAUUUAGUUGCACAUGUCGUUGCAUUUUGUCGCGGGUGAGCGUAGUGCCUCUCCGGUACAUGACAGAAAUGAGAGAGCUUUGUUAGAGUGUGAAUGCCGUGUACUCAAACAAUUGUGUUAGUCAAAGUUUAAAAAAUGAAAGGGCAGUUUCGUAAUUUCAAGCAGUUUAUAGGUUCAGUGU